CCCAGACGAGGGAUAGGGGCGUGGACAAGCAGGGGAAAGUUACAACAAGCUGGAAAAGCUAGGCGGGCUAGGAAGCCCGGGGCACAGCCCAUUGGAAAAGCCUGUCCAGGUCCCAGACACAAGGAUCAAAAGCACAAGCUAAAGCCUCGCUGACCUGCCACACCAUGGCAUCCUGGGGGCUCCUCGUGACUGGUGCCUCCUUCAUGGUAUUUCGGGGGCUACACUGGGGACUGCAGCUGCUGCCCACCCCGGAAUCUGCUCGGGACCGCUGGAUGUGGCGGAACAUUUUCGUUUCGCUGAUACACAGCCUACUGUCUGGAGCAGGGGCGCUGAUCGGGCUGUGGCUGUAUCCUCAGAUGGUCACCAACCCGAUUCAUGGCCACCCAUCGUGGGCAAUGGUCCUAGUAGCAAUGUCAGUGGGUUAUUUCCUGGCGGAUGGAGUUGACAUGCUGUGGAAUCAGACCUUGGCCCAGGCUUGGGAUCUUCUCUGUCACCAUUUGGUGGUAGUGAGCUGCCUCAGCACUGCUGUUCUGUCUGGCCACUUUGUGGGCUUCGCUAUGGUAUCUCUACUUCUGGAGCUGAACUCCAUCUGUUUGCACCUACGGAAGCUGCUGCUGCUUUCCCAUAAGGCCUCAUCCUUGGCCUUCAGAAUAACCAGUUGGGCCACCCUGACCACUCUGGCCCUCUUCCGUCUUCUGCCUCUGGGAUGGAUGAGUCUGUGGCUGUUGCAGCAGCACUACCAGCUGUCUCUUGCUUUGGUCAUCCUUUGUGGAACGGGGCUGGUCACCGUGGGUAUCAUGAGCAUUUCUUUGGGUAUCCGCAUUCUGAUCAGGGAUGUCUUGCAGCCCCGGCCCUACCCUAUCUUUGUGCACAAGGAGACUCAGCAGACCAAGACACAUGAUGGUGAGUCAGUCACCAGGAACAAUUCCACUCUCAGUAUGAAAGACUAGAGAAGUGGAGGUUUCCUCUUCUGUCAGGCAGGGAAUACUGGGGCCAGCAGAAGGAGAUAGUAGCCUUCACUGCAUAGUCUACUGUGUAGCAAGGGCUAGACUGUAUUAUCAGCAUCAGUGUCUCAGGACCUUUUCCAAAUAACUCACUUCUCUCCCCUUCCCAAGUCUCAAGAAGGAAUGUGGAUGCUAGUGACCUCAUGGGAACUUAGAGUCUGCUCACCGAAUUCCUUUGCUCCUGAGUAAGGACAGA